AAAUUAUAAAUGGAUCACACACACUCUUAGAUUUCCCCUUUUAGCCCUGAAGCGAGAAAUAUAAUUAUAAACGCCCCCAAACUUCCAUUCCAGCACUCCCUCAGUCCCUCCUCCAGUUCUCCAUCAUGUCCUCUAACGUCAUCGUGUUAGACAACGGCGGCAGCCUCAUCAAGGCGGGUCAAGGCGGCGAGCGUGACCCCGCUAUCAUCAUCCCUAACUGCCUCUACCGCCCUCUCUCCUCGAAAAAGUUCCAGAACCCUACUCCACUUCCCUCAUCCACCACCUCAAUCAUCGACGCCGCUUCCGAAGACCUGACCUCAGCCGCAGUGCGCCGCCCCAUCGAUCGUGGGUACCUGAUAAACCCGGACCUACAGCGGGACAUCUGGGCCCACCUCUUCUCCUCUCUCCUCCAUGUCUCACCGUCCUCCACCUCCCUCCUCCUCACCGAGCAUCUCUUUACUCUUCCGUCCAUCCAGCGUGCUACUGACGAGCUUGUCUUCGAGGAUUUCGGUUUCAAGGCCCUCUACGUCGCCGAUCCACCCUCGUUGGUUCAUCUGUACGAGGCCAGUAGGAGGCCCUAUGGGCUUGUGUCAAAGGCCCAGUGCAGCCUCGUCGUUGACUGUGGCUUCUCGUUCACGCAUGCCGCACCAGUUUUCCAGAACUUCACCGUCAACUAUGCCGUGAAGAGGAUCGACCUGGGAGGGAAGGCCCUCACGAAUUACCUUAAAGAGCUGGUGUCCUAUCGAGCGGUGAAUGUGAUGGACGAAACUUUCAUCAUGGACGAUGUUAAGGAGAAGCUGUGCUUUGUCUCGCUUGAUGUCGCUCGCGAUCUCCAGAUUGCCAGGAAGCGUGGAAGAGACAAUUUACUCAGAUGUACAUAUGUCCUCCCUGAUGGUGUCAAUCACACAAAGGGCUUUAUUAAGGACCCUGAAGAAGCUCGGAGAUACACUUUGACAGAUGGAGCUCCACCUAGGUCUGCUGAAGCAGAGAAGGAUAUGGAUCUCACAGGGAAGUCCGAGGAGAGAAAGAGAACUGAUUUGACUAAAAAUGAGUUCGACCUGACAAAUGAGCGGUUCCUUGUCCCAGAGAUGAUCUUCCAGCCUGCUGAUUUGGGAAUGAACGAGGCUGGACUAGCAGAGUGCAUUGUUCGAGCAGUCAACUCUUGCCAUCCACUUCUUCACCCUGUACUCUAUGAAAGCAUCAUAUUAACUGGUGGAAGCACAUUAUUUCCUCGAUUUGUUGAGAGACUAGAAAGAGACCUCCGGCCUCUUGUCCCGGAUGACUAUCAUGUCAAGAUAACAACUCAAGAAGAUCCCAUAUUAGGUGUGUGGAGAGGGGGAUCUCUUUUGGCAUCUAGUCCAGACUUUGAAGGAAUGUGUGUCACCAAGUCCGAGUAUGAGGAGCAUGGAUCUGCUCGGUGCCGCAAGAGAUUCUUUCAUUGAGCUGCAAAAUCUUGAAGCUUUCAUGGGAAUCAAUGGUGCACGCGGAAAAAUGUACUCUCUUCUCCACACAGAUUGCCUUGCUUGAAUUAAAGGUGGAAUGGUGGAAGCAGGCCUGGAUCAUAUAGAAAGUGGAUAUCUGAUAGAAAUUUAAAUUAUCAAGCAUUAUAUGGUUCCUCAUUCUGGCCUCAGAAUGUUCUUCUGCGGAAGGACUCUCUGUGUGACGAGUUUUUCUUCUUCCUUCACUGUGUGUUUGAGAGGCCCAAAUGACGAAUAUUUCCUUAAAAUGUAAAGGGGAGGCAGAAAAUGAUCCAAGUCAUAACCACAUGUCGUUAGAAGAACCAGAUAAGUAAAAUUUCAGCAUCCGUCCAGGAAAAAGUUCAUCGUCCGCCCAGAAGAAGUAGAUACCUUAGAAAUGAGUGUAUAUACGUGCUGUUCCUCUGUCGAUUUUACUGUUCUGAUGGGCUUAAGUUUUAAAAACCAUGGUUCGUUGUCAGUUUUGCUAAUGAAAAUGAAUGGUUAGGGUUGUACUCUUAGCUAUUGGCUUUUUGCUACAUCAGGCCACACUGAAUGGUUGCUUCUUUGCAUUGUAAUGGAAUCUACCGCAACUCCAAGAGGAGGUAGCGAUGAGAUUGUCGAGA